AACUGCAGAGACUAACUCGGGAAUGUGACUUAGUAUCGCCUCUGUUCAUGACCUUGUGGGCAAAAUCGAGAAAGGACCUAGCGAGGGACUGAUGCGAAUAGAGUCAAGCUCGAGUUCUGACCCUAGGGACGCCCCAUCAGGGAUCCAAACAGUCCAGAGCUGCAAAAGGCAUUAGAUUAUUUCUCGGUAUUAUUAUGGGUACAAACAUCAAGUUGCUUGAAAUCGUAUCUAAGAGCUGCGAGUUACGUGAUGGAAUUGAUAAAGAAUUCUAUGCGUUGCAGGAGUUGCAGAGAAUACUUGCUGUCUUUAGGAAGCUUUCCCUAGUCCGCCAGGAGGGCAUAUUAUGCUAAAAGAUUCCGCUACCUUUAAUAGAGACCAAGGCAGGGCAAUACAUGCUGAUCAUUAUAGGAGGGUUAAGUUUAAUAGUGACUUAGAUACGGGUUAUAAAGGUAUUAGUAGCACCCUAAAAGAGAUGAUCGGGGAGGUAUGUGGGAUAAUAGGCAAGAGGAACUCAGUUUGGAGGGACCGUCUCUCACAACUAAAAUCAGCAUUUCAAUAGAGUCUCCCGCUCUAAGAAAGCCAUGGUUCAGCCUAGGAUCAGGGCUCCUAAUAGUGCAGACCAUUUACACUAUUAGUGCAGACUACAAUCCAAGAUCAAUAAUCAAUCCACGACGGGCGUUCGUGGAUUGACGACUAGGAUGAUGCGCC